ACCCCUGUCAUUAUAACAACCACAACCUACACCUUACAACCAACAAUAGAAUCGUCAAGUUAAAUAUAAAAAAUUCUAGAUACACACACACACACCUGCGUAAACAUACAUCAAUACUUUUAUAAUGUCAAGCUCCGUUGAAACCACGCCAACUACAGAGGAGAAUAGUGCGGGGAUAUCUGAUGAACAAACAGCCAAGGUAGGCGAAGCCAGCAGGGACACAUCCAUUUCGUCCUUGUCCUCGAUUGAAAACACGCAAUCCAACAUUAGUAUCGCAGAGACGGGUGAAAAAGUGAUUGUUAAAAAGGUGUCACUUCCCCAAUCAUUUGAGUCCAAGACCAACUUUUAUGAUUCUUUGUCGGCAGAAGCAGCGGCCACCGCAGCCAAAGCCGCUACCGAGUUGGAAAAACAGAAACACAGCUACUCACCGGGCGAUAGGAAACCAGUGAAGUUCACAGUACGCAAAGUCUCGCAUGAAAUCAUUAAAUCUCCACUACCUUCCCCCACCACCAACGCAGGUCACCAUGGUGUUGACAAGCUUGCAACGAGCAAUUCAUUCUCGGCAGCCGACGCCGACCAUGGUGCAAAGACUAAGAAAUUGAGACACGCUCAACACAAAUAUGAUUUGUACAAUGAGAAAAUUGCCAAGAUAGACAAGGAAAUCGAGUUUCUUGAAAAGUUACUUCCACCUUAUAAUGUGGAAAUUGAUUACAACACGAGAAAUAAAAUCACUCGAGCAAUUGACAAGUUGAAAUCAAAGCAGGAUGAAUUAAGGAAACGUCUGUAUGAAUUGGGAAUAACCAUAAGUAGAUUAUGGAGAGAACAAGAAGGCAGUGAUAUUUGGGUUAAAAGAAGUGAACGAAUAAGUAGUUAGCAGGACAAUGUAGUUUUAGAUUGUAGCAAUAAAGCCGAGACUAAAAAAUGCGAGUAACAGCCAAUUGUGAGAUUUAUGCUUUUCCACAUUUUCCACAUUUUCCACAUGCUUUUAGACAGGCAGGAGGGCUGUUUCCUAAAGCGCUAGUUAGUUGGUUAGUUAGUUGGUUAGUUAUAGUAUCGUCAAUAUACAGGACAAUUU